UGCGAGGCACAGAGGAGUGAAAACUGGACGCCUCACCGCUAACAAACACCGUUGGUGCAGACGUUGUAAACAUUGAGAGGGCAGCGGGAGUGAAAGUUAACCGACCCCUUUGUCCGCAACAGUACGCCGUCUGUUGCUGUAUGGUGUCGUUUGGAGCCUGGCUGCUUUUAUUUUCGGCUUGGACUGUCGCUGCUUUGGAUAGCUCAUUAGCUUCAAGUUGGAAAGCCAAUGCUAGCCGAUAGCUAGCAGUGUAGCUCCAUCGGCUGCUGGGAUCUCACUGUAAGGCAUUCAUGGAUUGAUAUCCUGGCCAGCGUUAACGCUGGGCUCCAUGUACCUUUUACAAGUCUUUAUUUGGGGGAUAACACCACCAAUGACUCACUUGGAUUAAGAUACUCUUGGAGGAAUAAAGGGGCACCCACGACCUGGCAUUGCGACACUGUUUUGAGUGUCGAGUCGGAGUGAGUUUGCCGUCAUGUAUUUUCUAACCGGCUGGCCCCGAAGGCUGCUUUGUCCGCUCAGGAGCGAAGAGGAGCCCUUCCACAUCCAGCCCAGUUCCCAGAGGUUUUACUUCGCCGUGCUUUCAGAGACGCAGCUCAGCAUCUGGUUUAGUCGGCCAAGUGUUUUGAUCGUUAGCUACAUCGAGUCUGCAAAGGCGGCGGCCCAGUUUGGCUUCUACCAGAAAGCAGAAUGGAAACCAGACGACUCCAUGAUAGCUGUGGCGACGGCCCACGGCUACAUCCUCUUGUUUGAUGUGUUGGGUGGAGGGGACGAUAAGUAUCUCUAUGAGCCUGUGUAUCCAAAAGGAAGCCCUCGUGUGAAGGUGACCCCGGGUUAUAAGGAGGAACAAUGUGCCCCCGCUCUGUCUUUAGAGAUGAAGAAGCCUGUGGAUCUGGAGGCCCCGAUCACCAGUCUGCAGUCCCUCCAGGAGGACCUGCUGGUGUGCACCGCAGACGGAUACCUCCAUGUGCUGCACUGGGACGGGUUGGGCAGCAACGGACGCAAAGCCAUCUGCCUCACUACCAUCCCCUUCUCGCUAGAUCUGCAGUCUGCUCGAGGUGGUCCCUCUCUGGAUCUGGAAGGAGUCUAUAUCCGCUGUAUGGAGUAUUGUGUGACUUUGGACGGCUUCGCUGUGGUUCUGAGUGAUGGCCGCCUGGGCUUCAUCACGCCGCUCAGCAAUACCAUCACAGCAGAUCAGCUGCAGGGGGUCUGGGCGGCGGACGUGACCGAUGGCACCUGUGUGGCUGUCAACAACAAGUACAGACUGAUGGCCUUUGGCUGUGCCAGCGGCUCAGUGCUGGUCUACAUGAUAGACACCACGACAGGAUCCAUGCAACUCUCCCAUAAACUGGAGCUCACGCCGAAACACUACCCAGACAUCUACAACAAGACAGGCCCAGUCAAGCUCAUCUGCUGGUCACCUGAUUACAGCGUCGCCAUGGUUACCUGGGAGUGCGGUGGGCUGUCGCUGUGGAGCGUCUUUGGAGCUCACCUCAUCUGCACUCUGGGCGAGGACUUUGCGUAUCGUUCUGAUGGUACAAAGAAGGACCCGAUUAAAAUCAGCUCUAUGAGCUGGGGAGCAGAGGGCUACCACCUGUGGGUGCUCCCUCUCAAACAUGAGAGGAGAAAGCAUGAGGAGCAGGAGGAGGAGGAGAUGCUCACAACUCCUCACUCAUCCCUUCAGGCGGGCAUACUUCAGUUCCACUUCAUCAAGUCUGCCCUCACAGUGAACCCAUGCACGAGUAACCAGGAGCAGGUGUUGCUCCAUGGUGAAGACCGCCUCUACCUGACCUGUGGCGACCCCACGCAGGUCAACAGCACCUCUGACGCACACCCACACACACACCUUCACCCACGUGAUGGCAGUCCGCUGCACCAUCCCCCAAACCCCGAAUCCUCUCUCUCUCAGGGACUCAGCACUUUACUCGGACACAAGCACUGGCACGUGGUCCAGAUUCACAGCACAUACCUAGAGAGCAACUGGCCUAUAAGGUUUGCUGCCAUUGACUCAGCGGGUCAGUGCAUGGCUGUAGCAGGACGGCGGGGAUUUGCACACUACUCGUUAUUCACGAGGAAAUGGAAACUGUUUGGAAAUAUCACUCAGGAGCAGAACAUGACAGUAACAGGAGGUCUGGCGUGGUGGAACGACUUUGUGGUGGUGGCUUGUUACAAUUUUACUGACCAGCAAGAGCAGCUGAGGCUGUAUCAGCGCUCAACCAACCUGGACAAUGCCUUUGCAUCUGUCACCAAGCUGCACUCUGACACCCUGCUGCUAAACGUCUUCAGAGACAUGGUCAUCCUGUUCAGAGCCGACUGCUCCAUCUGCCUUUACAGCAUAGAGAGGCGGAGUGACAGUCCACAUCCAACAGCCAGUGUGGAGUUGUUGCAAGAGGUUUCAAUGUCCCGCUACAUCCCUCAUCCUGCCCUGGUCGUUUCUGUCACUCUCACUUCUGUGCGCACAGAGACCGGGAUUACAUUGAAAGCCCCGCAGCAGGCCUGCAUGGCAGAGAGCAUCAUGUUGAACCUGGCUGGCCAGUUGAUCAUGCUGCAGAGGGACCGUUCAGGACCACAGGUACGAGAGAAGGAGACGCCCGCCAACAACAAGAAGCUGCUACCGUUCUGUCCUCCGGUUGUCCUUGCCCAGUGUGUAGAGAAUGUGUGGACAACCUGUCGCUCCAACAAGAAAAAGCGCCACCUUCUUGAGGCCCUUUGGUUGUCCUGCGGUGAAGCAGGCAUGAAAGUCUGGCUGCCGCUUUUUCCCCGAGACCACCGAAAGCCCCACACCUUCCUGUCCAGACGCAUCAUGCUGCCCUUCCACAUCAACAUCUACCCUCUGGCCGUGCUGUUCGAGGACGCCCUCGUACUUGGGGCAACCAAUGAGACUGUCCUCUACGAUGGGCUGCAGGGAUCUUCCGAGCCACUGGAGGCGCUGUUUCCUUUCUGUACUGUGGAGAGAACCUCUCAGAUCUACCUCCAUCACAUACUGAGGCAGCUGCUGGUUCGCAACCUGGGUGAACAGGCGUUGAUGCUGGCUCAAUCAUGUGCCUCCCUCCCUUACUUCCCACACGUCAUGGAGCUCAUGGUGCACGUGGUGCUGGAAGAAGAGGCCACAUCACGGGAGCCCAUCCCCGACCCUCUGCUCCCCACUGUGGCCAAGUUCAUCACAGAGUUCCCUCUCUUCCUCCAGACCAUCGUCCACUGUGCCAGGAAGACGGAGUACGCUCUGUGGAACUACCUGUUUGCUGCCGUGGGAAACCCCAAAGAUCUGUUUGAGGAGUGCCUCAUGGCUCAAGACUUGGACACAGCAGCCUCAUAUCUCAUCAUACUUCAGAACAUGGAGGUUCCAGCAGUGAGUAGACAGCAUGCCACUCUCCUCUUCAACACAGCGCUGGAGCAAGGCAAGUGGGACCUCUGCCGGCACAUGAUCCGAUUCCUCAAAGCCAUUGGCUCUGGGGAGAUGGAGACUCCACCCCCGACACCAACCACUCAGGAACCCAGCUCAACUGGAGGGUUUGAGUUCUUCAGAAAUCGCAGCAUCAGUCUGUCACAGUCGGCAGACUCUGUCACUACGGGGAAAUUCAACCUGCAGAAGACCUUCAGCAUGCCGUCUGGACCCUCAGUCAAAGGUCGAGAUGGAGAGUGUGCAGAGAACAUGUACAUCGACAUGAUGCUCUGGCGUCACGCUCGCCACCUCCUGGAGCAGGUUCGCCUACGGGACCUGGGAUGUUUCUCCGCACAGCUCGGCUUUGAACUCAUUGGCUGGUUGUGUCGGGAACGGAAUCGCGUGGCCCGCAUUGAUGACUUUGUUUCUGCGCUGAAGAGACUCCAUAAGGAUUUUCUCUGGCCCUUUCCUGUUAUCCCUGUGGGAAGCCUGAGCUCGCCGCUGAAGAAUGGACGCUGUCGUACGGUUCUGAGCACACGCCUGUUGAAGUCGCAGUCAGCUGACAGCCUGCUAAACAGCGACAUGGACACAGUGCCCCCUCAGGCAGCUUCAACCAACCACACCUGGCUGGACGGACUCGGGCAGAGACCCAAAGACAUGGACACGGGCUCAUCGGCUCACUCCAACCAACACUCACCUCAGACCCAUGAUGCUUUCCUGUCCCUGCUCACCAACAAAGUGGAGGAGUACAGCGUCGGCUCAGCCACAGACCUAACAGAGACGAGCUCGGUGGUGGAUGGCGAUUGGACGAUGGUGGAUGAGAACUCCUCCACUCUGAGCCUGAGUCAGGCCGAGCUGGAGCACAUCUCCAUGGAGCUGGCCAACAAAGGGCCACACAAGUCACAGGUGCAGCUCAGAUAUCUCCUGCAUGUGUUCAUGGAGGCGGGCUGUCUGGAGUGGUGCAUCGUGAUUGGUUUGAUCCUUAGAGACGCCAAUGUAAUAAAACAGGUGAUUGGCUUCCUGGACAGCCCCGAGGUUCCCCAAGAGACUGUGCAGAGUGUUCGAAACGGCUUAUUGGCUGUCGACGCAUGGGCUUCCACUGACUGCCUUGGCUACAAACCGUUCCUGAACCUGAUUCAACCACAGCUGCAGCAGCUCAUGGACUCUGCAGCUGGCGAGCCGGUGCAGCCCGAGGCCUUCCAGCCAAGCAGCCAGAGCUCCAAGCUCGGCAGCUCUGAGGGGCCAGGAGGCGCUGCCGCACCACGCACGGAGGACAGCAGAGGAGCAGGGUCUCAGCUCGGACUGUCUCUGCCCUCCCUUGAACCUGCGGGGGGGUUUUCCCGGCCGCCCUCUGAAGACUGUCCUCCCGAGCAGACAGAGGAGCAGGAAGAUGAGGAGGGAGCCUACGACUGCACCUUGUCCUGAAGUCAGGAGCCUCCUCUGGACUCUAACCUGUGAACUCAUGAGCCUCAGGAGGAAAGGAGGAAAUAGACUUUAUUUUAUGAGUGUGUAUGUGAAUGGAUGUGUGUGUGCGCGUGCUCAGAAAGUUCCUCUGCUGCGGGUUCUUGUUACAGUCAGUAUUAUCCACUCUUCAGAUUUUGCCCUUUGUGUCGACUCCUGUGGAUACUGAGCUACAAACAGUGACACACAACACAACUGGCAAAAGAUGUCAGCACAGAAGGAGGGACACUGAUGGAUCCUUUUUAACAGGCCUCAUUUUACCAAAAUAUGCUGUUAAACAAAACCACCUUUGUCUGUGCAUUUAAACAUGAGGUUGUGGCGUCUAAAGGCUGUAGAGCAGCACAGAGAAGCGCCAGGAUCUUUCUAUUCAAAGACAAAUGUUUUUUUUGUGUGUGUAACAUUUCUUAGGCACUCAAUUCAAGUGCAUCUGGAGACUUUAACCAGACAAAAAACUUUUUUUUUUUUCAUGCAAAAAAGUGUGCGUGUUUUAUCACAGCUUCAUGAUACGUCAGUAGAACAAAGCUCUCCAGUCAUGAUCGGUUGUACGAACACCGAAGUGUGUCACAGCUGACAGAGAGUGCAGUGUGGAGAGGUGUUUCAUACUUUCAUACCUCAUAUAAUUUAAAAAUAUUUUGUGAUACAUUUUUCAAUAAUGUAACUGUGUACAAGAAGACAUUAUUUUUCUAACACCACCUUGUCCCUGUAAAAGAAAAACACUCAUGGUAUGAAUUCUAUGUAAUUCUCGAAGUGAUGACCUUAAGGUUUCUAAGAAAACGAUCUGUGAGAAGAAUCCACUGAUGUGAGUGCGGAUUCGUUCCUUACCUCUCUGUUCGUGUCUUUCUCAUGCAGACACCCCCCUUUUUCGCUAGAGUCCAUCCUACUAAAGAGCAGAUCGAUGUUAAGCCUGCCUGAGGUGAGAGUAUUCAAGGCUGUAGGGAAGGGCUCGAACAUGCGCUAUUUAAACCAAAUCAUGUGAUGCUUUAUCCAGCUUUUAACCCACAUUUAAGUUCAAGUCUCCAUGUUGGAGACUAAAAGUGUGGUCUCAUCAGUGCUGCAAAUUGUGUGAAUAAAUCCAUCCUGUUAUUUUAGAUUUAUCUUUUAUUGAAGAAACGUUGUUUGAUCCCUUUGGUAGAGGUGGGGUUGUCAGAAUUUGUACACUUGUUUUAAUAUGAUGGGUCCUAAAAAUGUUUAAGAUCAGUCAAGACUCAAAUUCAUAAGAGCUGUAGUAAUCAUGACUAAAAGCAAGCAAAAGAGAGAGGGAUGUUGUACGUUUUUAAUUCAGACAGUGUGAAGGAGUUUGCUUUUAGUUUUAAAAAUAGUUAUAAGACUGGAAUUUUAAAAUUUGAUAUAAUACACUAAAAAAUGUAGGUGCCCAAUAUUAGUUUUCAAUUAUCAAAAAUUGCAAGAAAACUCAUGCGCACUGUCUAAAUAGCACAGAGUAUUGGCAUCAUUUAGGACCAAAAAGUUUAAGCAGUAUGCAGGAGUUUGCUUGAAUCUUUGGAUAAUUUAAUUAAGGGUUUUCAUGAUACAAUAACCCAUGAUAUCAGUAGCUGUUUUGAUAAUGGAAGGACUAAAAUGAAUGUCCUAGUCACCCAAUAAUGGGUCAUUUCUUGUUUUUAACUUCCAAAAAUUGCAAGCAAAUUGCUGAACAUUGUCUAAAUCAGCAGUGGGCAACUGGUGGUCUGGGAGCCACAUGCACCCCUCCCCCUCACUCACUGUGGCCCUCAAGUUAAUUUUAGAUAUCUAAAAACAUGAAAAAUAGACACAUUUGUAUAAUUAUCUUUGAUUACAAGUAUAUGUAAUAUGUAUAAAAUUUAGGGCUGUCAAUUAAUCACAUUAAUUGUGAUUAACUACACUCUACAAUCAGUGCUGUAAUUUCUUAUCACGAUUAACCACAUGCUUUUUUUUGGUCUCUUUUAACAAACUUUGGUUAAGCCACUGCAGCCACAGUGAUGUUAAAUAAGUAGAGCUGUCAAGAUUAAUCAAGUUAAUCGCGAUCAAUCAAGGUCCACAGUUAGUGCUCUAAUCUUUUUUUUUGUCUCAAGCUUUGUUGUCCCUUUUAAUGUAGUUUGACAAAGGCAUAAUCACUGUCUUCCUGCAGCUCCAGCGAUGUAAAGUAAGACCACCACUGAUCAUUACUGUCUCAUUUCACUUUUAAAAAACUACAGACAGCUCUGUGGAAAAGUCAAGUCAUCUUAACCUUUUUAAUGUUCUCUUAUUUCCUUUUAAAUCAUAACAAGCUCUUUUUUCUGUGGUUAAGUUCAUGUUAAAAUAUUCUAUCUACCAAUAAAAGUAGGUCUGUAUCUAAACAGGAAGUUAAUUACCCUUAGUUUAAGACAGAAGAAUCAGAAAUAACAUAAAAUAUUUCAAAUUGCAAAAUACUGGUAUUUUAAAAUGUGAAAAAAAGAUAGUGAUUGAUUGCAAUUAACUACAGAAAUCCUUAGAUUGAUUGCAAUUAAAAUUUCAAUCUAUUAAAAGCCCUUUGUUUUUCUUUUUAAAUCCAUAACAAGUUCCUUUUUCUGUGGCUAAGUUCAUGUUAAAGUGUUCAAUCUCUAUGAAGGUCUGUAUUUAAACUGCAAGUCAAUUACCCUUAGUUUGACGCCAAAAAUGACACAAAAACAGUUUUGAAUGCAAAAUAGUAGAAUUUUAGAACAAGAUAAAAAAAAGGAUGCAGUUAAUCGUGAAAUUCUGGAAUUAAUCAUGAUUAAAAAUUUUAACCUUUUGACAGCUCUAGAAAUAAGUGAACUAUAACAACGUAACCAUUUGAUAACACAAGGUUCAGAUGACUUCUGACUUGUGCACUGAGCUGAGAUAUUAAUUGCAACUAAUGCGAUUAAUCUUGACAGCCCUAACAUAAGUAAUAAUAAUUGUUAAAUUGAGAGUAUUUCACAGUUCCCAACAAUUUGGACCUCUGCUAGUGCAAAUAAAAUUGAUGCAGGCCUCUCGGUAACCAAAGUUGCCCAUCCCUGAUCUAAAUUUGACAAAUACAUCCGCACAGUGUGGUACCCAACAUUGCCAACAUAAUUGUACAAUUUAGACAGUGUGCAGGAUUUUUCUGCAAUUUUUGAUUGGUCUAUUAUUUUCCUCUUUGACAUAAAUGUUAUUUUCUAUUUUGGAAAGCUUAGGUGCUUUUUGAUACUUUCAAUAAAUAGAAAUAUCAGACUUUAUUAUUUUAAAGCAUUUUAUUAAAAAUCGAUGAAGUAUAGACUAUUUUGACAACCUUACUUUGUAAGUAAGCUGAAUAUUUUAAGCCUAAAACUUUGAUUUUUAUCUUCAAAGUAUAAAAUGGGUAUCAAUAUUGUUUGACUUUUCUUGCAAAGGUAUCUCGGUUCAAAUUCUGAUCUAGUCAGAUGAUUCAGUAUGACAUGCCCCUCCCUAAUACUUCUAAACUUGACGAGCCCUCAGAUAGCAGCAUGAUACUAAAAGAAUGUUUUGUGUAAAAACACAGAUUUCUGAUACUUAACCAGCUUUGACCAACAUUACACAUCCUGCCAGCAUUUUAUUGUUGCUGUUUGUUAUUGUCGCACAUUUUUUGAACCAGUUAUGUUUCGGGACAAUUUUGCAAACCGUAUUUAAGGCUGUAUUGGAUUUCUACACCGAAGCUGUUACUGGUACCAGAACAACUUUACUCAUCAGUACUUUUAAAGCGACAUGCCAUUAUCUUUUUAUCUCGCCUUGGUUGUCAUUGCAGCAUUAUUGUGUAACACGAUAAGGACUUUAUUUUUCGUCCAGAUCAAGAUACAUAUCACAUCCCUGAACUGCUUCAGACAAUGGUCGCUGAUUUCGUCACGUGUGCUUCUGUGUUUCCGAGUGUGUGUACCACAUUGUAUUGACAUGCAAUUUGUUUAAAUGGUAUUAGUCCUCAUAUUUACCAUUAUUUAUUGGCAUUAUAGCUGAGUGGUCAUCUAUUAAAUUAUGAUGCUUGGUUUGUUUUAUAACUGAUUAGAUUUUUUUCCCCCUUUAAGUUAAUCAAAGUCAUGUAUUGACGCUCUACCACAAGCACUAAACGGUUAAUCACAGUCAGUAUUAUGAUGUGCAAUGUAUUCAAAUGUUAUUCAGCUUUAUUUUUUAUGUUGUCUUUUUUUUGCCCCACAGCUUUUACUUUUUAUGAUAGACCAAAUCAAACUUUAGGUUAAUUUUUGCUCUCUCGUGUGUCGAAAUAUGACUUAGGUGCAUGGUAUCUGUUGGAAAUGUUGAUUCUUCAGUGCUUUCUGUUUUAUAUAUGACUAGUUUUAACACUUUACUCAUGAAAAGGGCAAAAUGACUCCGCGGCACAUUGUUGCUGAUGUAAACGUGAAUCCCCCUCGUCUCCUAUCUGAACAAGCCUCCAGUGUUAAAGCGUGGCGGCACUGGGAGCUUUACUUGACUUGAAAACAGUAACACAAUGAACCAAAGACUUUACGUCCAGAGGCCUUCUGUUUUACUUGGUUGACUCAUUAUGCAGAGGGGGAAAAUAUAAACCAUCCCUUUCAUUUGAAAGACAGAAGCCCAAAGCAGACAAAUACAAGUGCAUCUCAAAAAUUCAAUAUCAUGAAAAAGUUCUCUGUUUUCUGUGAUUUAAAUGAAGAUGUGAAACUUCCACAUAUUCAGUACACAUCUCAUACAAAAUGAAACAUUUCAAGGCUUUUGUUUUAAUCUUGAUUAUGGCUUUUAGCUCACAACAAUAAAAAAAAUCCAGUCAACUUUCUAUGAAUAUGCUUUGAUACAGCCUGACCUUUCAGCAGGGACCUCCUGUGGCUCCCCCUCCUGUGUCAACUAUUGUCUUCUAGACAAGAGUCAAGUCAGCAGUCUUCCCCAGGAUUGUGGUUGUGUGUAAAACAGAGUGAGAGAAGGAAGGCUCAGGAAACCUUUGCAGACAGGACUUUUCUACAAUAUUCUAAUAUUUUGAGA